ACUUUUAUGUACAAAAAUGACAAAUGAGUGGACGGGUAUAAAAGUAAAGUUUAGCUGACGAGAACCACAGUCGAUACAAGUAAUUCUUCACGCCUUCUCUUACUAAAAAAAACGACAACAAAAUGGUCAAUUCAAGUAGUGCACUGCUAAUUGCUGGCUUCAUUUGUUUGAUGACUUUACAAAGUCUCAACGCACUCAUUGAAGACGCUUACAAGUUAUCUGGAAAGCGUAAGCCAUUGAUGACGCGCGAGGAUCCUUCAACUUUGGAAGAUUACAAACGCACCAAACGCCAAUUACCGGGACCGCUGCAAGAGUUUCAAGAUUUUAUAACACUUUCAAAGGCACAAUGCGCCAAAGAUUUGAAUAUUAAUCCGAAUGAGUUGCAAAAGUCGCUGCUUUACGAGGAUCAACCGACUUCCACAGAGAAGUGUAUGAUGGAGUGCAUUUUGAAACGCAUGGAAGUGAUGGAUAAAAAUGACUCGUUGUCGACGACGGCAAUUGGACACAUCGCUGACAUUAUUGGCGAAAAUAAUGCCUUACUCACGUCAAUUGCCAUGGCCUCAGCUGAGAAUUGCAAAAAAUUCAUAACAGCGGAGGAUUCUUGUGAGCGCGCCUUUCAAAUAAAUAAAUGUAUCGGCGCCGAAAUGAAGAUGCGCAAAAUUAAGCUUAUAUAUUAGAGUAACUGUAAAUGUCUUAAAAUAAAGACGAAAAGUAAAAUAUUACCUAUAGCAACAAAUUGAUUUGCUUGCAAUGUCUGCAAACCAAUUUUAAGGUACAUUUGUUUGAAAAAAACGUACUGUCUAAAUAAAUGUUUCGAAAUAUCCAUUUUUAUGCCUGCGGCUAUGAUGCA